UUUUGGAGGAGCUUUCAAACACCCUCGCAGACCAAAUGUUCAAGGAGUCCCAGAAGGAUGGAGAGAUCAACGUCAAGGACGUGUUUGCGAGAUACACCAUGGACACAAUAGCGUCGGUAGCGUUUGGUCUGGAAGCCGACUCCAUCCGCAAUCCGGAGUCAGCGAUCGCGAAGAAAGGCGUGCUGCUGAGAAAACCUCCACCCAUGUACAAGAUCCUGAUCUUCAUGAGCGUUUCUUACCUGCCAUCCUUUAUAAGGAAGCGCUUCGAUUUCACCUCUUAUAUAUUUGGGAACAACGCCCUGGAGUUCUUUGUCGACAUCUCAAGGAGAACUAUCAAGGAGCGAGAGGAGCACCCCGAACGGCGCCGCAACGACUACCUUCAGCUGCUCAUCGACUCACGUCGGGACGACAGUCAGGCGCGCAAGCUCACCGACGACGAAAUCACGGCUCAGUGUCUUCUGUUCUUCUUCGCCGGGAACGACACCACAUCAAACGCUCUGACGUGGGCAGCGCGUGAGCUCGCUUUUCACCCAGAGGUGCAGGAACGCGUCCAGGCUGAGAUAGAUGAGGUGCUGAAGUCCGACAAGGACUCCAUCACCUUCGACAAAGUCAACAGCGGCAUGCCGUACCUUGAGUGCGUCCUGACGGAGACCCUAAGGAUGUAUCCCCUGAUGCAACUGACUCGAUGCUCGACUCGCGACUACCCCAUCCCUGGGACGGACGCAGUUCUGCCAGCAAACAGCAUUGUGUACAUGAUGCCGUACUCUAUGCAGCACGACGCAGAUCUCUACCCGAACCCGGAGUCCUUCGAUCCGGAGAGGUUCCUGUCUAACAACAAGGAGGCACGGAACUCGUACACCUACCUGCCGUUCGGUCAGGGACCGCGCAACUGCAUCGGCAUGCGGUUCGCGCUGCUGCAGGCGAAGGUGGCACUGGUGGCGCUGCUGAGGAAGUACUCGCUGGUCACGGGUCCCAAGUCCGGAGAGAUGGAGCCGGUCCUGGAUCCCGGGUUCACGCAAACCCAGGAAAAGGGUGGAACCUGGCUCAAAGUUGUCAGGCGUUAAUCGGUCUGCGCUGCACUGUUCUGCAUGCUUUCAGUGGCUAGGUCGCCCGAAGUUAGUUCUUUAGGUAA